AUGGUUUGCUCUUCACCAACACAACCUGUCACAUUUCUACCUCACAGUUACGUCAAGUUUGCACUCUCAUUUGAAAUUGGGUACUUCACAACUUUUAUCCAGCUCAGAUUCAGGACAGAGGAAAAGGAUGGUGAAUUAUUUGGUCUGUCUGAUCAACAGUCUCUGGAGUAUGCCAUCCUUGAGAUACAACAUGGAUAUUUAUAUUUUCGUUACAACUUGAAUAGUAAACGUAUUGAAGAAAAAAGUAUCUGUUUAUGUUAUAUUUCUGUUGAUGAUGGAUACUGGCACAUGGCAAAGGUUUCACGAUAUGGUUCGUUGUCAAUAUUGCAACUGGAUGAUGGCGAAUUCUUAAGACGCAAUCAGACCUCUUUUUUUGAGGGGCAUCAGUGGCUCAUAAUUGAUAAACAAGAAGGUGCUCAUGCUGGUGGGAGGGCAGAGAAUACAGGCAUAAAUACGAUAGAAGUUUACUCUGACUACAGAAAUGGCUGUGUGGAUGAUAUUCGCCUGAAUGGAAGAAUUCUUCCCUUGCCUCCAGCUGCCAACAUCACUCAAUGGGGACAAGCAACAGUGGCUCUUAAUUUGGAAUUUGGUUGCAGUUUUUCUACAGACUGUAGCUUUACAAUUUGUACAGAACCAACAAAGUGCAGUGACACACUAAAACAACACAAAUGUGUGUGCAGUGAUGCUCAGAUUUUAGCUGCAACCAGUAAGGAUUGCACUGAGAAAGACUGUGCAAGUACCUCUUGUGGUAAUACUGAGAACUGUCUGAAUCUUCAUUCCAAGUUCUAUUAUGAAUGCCGGUGUCCUGAUGAUGUAACAACCAUGAACUGCAAAUUUCUUGGUGAUAAAGACACAUUUGGAAUUGGUGUUUGGGCUUUAAUAGCUUUGUUGUCUACACUUUUCUUAAUAUUAGUUCUGGCUGGAGUUAUUCUUAUUUAUAAACAUCACCACAACACUGAUCAGAAGAAAGAGCAGAUAAAAAAUGAUGUACGAGAAAAUGUAAUUCAUUAUGAUGAUGACGGUGUUGGUGAAGGUGACAUGACUUCCUCCAAUGUGAAACCACUGAUGAGUCCUGUCAAUGGAACUGAAAUUGUAGUCUCUUUCGAACUACACAACCUACAACAAAACCAUGAAAGGACACUAAGAAGCAUUAUAAACAAAUACAAAGAUAAAGCUGAUGCUGAAGUACAUUUGAAAACUAAUGAUGACAUACAUAUCUAUUUCUGUGAAGGUAGCAGGAGUGGCUCAAGCUCUCUGUCAUCUUUAUGUACAGGUUCUGAAGACAGAACAAGAUCUGAAGUAUUUGAUUCAAAUGGGAUUAAUCAAAUCUGAACAAGACAGGAGAUCAACAUAGUGACCAUCACAUGAUACUUGCAUGUUCAUCACAAGAUACUUGCAUGUUUCAGUGAGUGAUAUGGAACUUUACAAAAAUUCUACUUGUAAUUCUGUGACGGCCACAUCAAAGUGCAGCAUACUACAGCAUGUGCAUUCUUUCCAGAAUGAAGUGCCUCAAACUAUAACUCUGUAAAAACUUCCUGCCAGGCUUCUUAUGUGAGAAGCAUAAAAUGUGAAUAAUUUUACAUAUGUACAAGAUGUAUUGUGAUGGCAUAUACCUUUUACAUUUUAAUAAGUGUUAUCAUACAUAAUUUGUAAAGAUACAGUGUGGACCACCAAUGUAAACUCAUAUAUUUUGUAGAACAAUGUGCCUGUGAAACCUGUUAGGCCACUGCCUUUCAACUGUAAAUGAGAAUUCAGUGGUCUUGUGAUAUGAUAUAGAAUUGCAUUGUAAUGUAUUAUGCACCCAAUACUGCAGAAUUUAUCAUUUGUACUAAU